CGAUUUAACCGACGUUUCAGCGAAGACAAUUCUGCAUUUCAUUGACGUAUACCGGUCUGCUAAGUUUUGUUAUGUGAUUACGGUCGCGAGAUAUUAUAAAUCUAUUGAUAUACAAUUCAUCGAUCUACCACCGAUACAUCAGGAUAUCUAUCACGAAAAUAUCAAAUAGUUUUACGCAACGGCGUAAUUGAUAUUGUGUUUAUUAAAUCAAUCUCUGUCAUCGACACAAUGAGAUUAGUCGUGUAUCUGGCAUUAUUCUGCAGUUUAUCCAAUACAGUAACAAACGUAAAAAGUCAGCAACAUACAUAUGCCGAAAAAAUAUCGUGGAUCAACUGGGAACAGUCCAGAGAUUUUAAAUUCAAUCCCGAUGACGCUUUCGACACGGUGAAAAUGAUAAGAAAAGAGGGUUAUCCUGCAGAAACUCAUGUCAUAACGACGGAGGAUGGUUAUCUCUUGACGUUACAUCGUAUUCCAGGUAACAAUGACUCUCCACCUGUAUUAUUGCAACACGCUUUGUUAUGCACCUCCGCCGAUUGGAUCCUUCUUGGCAAAGGGAAAGCACUCGCUUAUCUAUUAGCGGAUCAGGGAUAUGAUGUUUGGUUAGGCAAUUUUCGUGGUAAUACCUAUUCAAGGGCGCAUAUUUCUCUGUCUCCGUUGGAAUUAAAAUUUUGGGAUUACAGCUUUCACGAAACGGGUAUCUAUGAUUUACCCGCGAUGAUUACAUUUAUCACAAAUAUGACGUCACAACCAUUGCAUACUUUCAUUGGUCAUUCAGUGGGCGCUUGCAGUUUCUUUAUAAUGGCAUCAGAGCGUCCGGAAAUCGCACAAAUGGUGCAAAAGAUGAUCAGUUUUGCGCCGGCAGUCUUUCUUGACCAAAUAGAGAGUCCAAUAAAAUAUAUUUUUCCCUUCUGGAGAGAAUUUAAGGCGAUCAUGCGGUUAUACUUUCAUGACGAAUUUAUGCCGCAAAACGAUGUUUUGAGAUUUACUUCGAAAUAUAUCUGCCCUCAGAAUUUUAUUACGCAACAGUUCUGUGCCAACCCAAUAUUUCUGCUCUGUGGAAAUGAUCAAGAACAAUUUAACUACACUCUUCUGCCUGCAAUCCUGGGCGUCGAUCCGGCUGGCACCUCGGCUAAAACUAUUCUACAUUUUAUUCAGACAAACCAGUCAAGCAAGUUUCGCCGAUAUAAUUACGGUCGCGAGAAAAAUCUAUUGCUAUACAAUUCGCCGGAACCCCCGGAAUAUAAUCUAACAAAUAUCACAUUACCUAUCGCAUUAUUUUAUGCUCCUGGAGAUUUGUUAAUUAAGAGCGUGAAUAUCAAGAGACUCUAUCGCAUAUUACCCAACGUAAUCGACUUAUAUGAAGUACCAUGGCCCAAUUUCAAUCACGUCGAUUUUAUAUGGGCCAAGGAUGCUCCAAAACUCGUGUACGAAAGAGUUAUUAAGAUUAUGAGAAAUGAGAAUUUAAAUAAUGUUACAUCUACGAAAUAAUGUUACGUCAAUAAUAGAAAUAAUAAUUAAUAGAUAAAUAUUAUUUGUAUUGUACUUGCUGUUUAUUGGAAAGUUAUUGAUAAAUAAAUCUAUGUAAAGUAAAAA